CAGCCUCUCUUUUGGAGUUAAUCAGGGUUGGGUCUGUCAGUAUCUGCAAAUAGCUAAAUGUAUGACCUGGUGGUCGUUUUAAAAUGUGUAUUAUUCAUGCAUCAUGUGAACUGAUCGGUUUGGUCCCCGUCAAAUCGCAGGCACGCAGGGUAGUUGACGCAUUUUCGUGGCGCACACACACACACACACACGCACACACACAUACAAGCUGCGAAUGACCAGAGAGAGCCUGCUAAAGACGUAGCGCAUCAAAAAAAAAAGAGAAAACAACAAAAAAAAACCGAGAUUAUCCCCGAGGUAUUUUAAAGCUGCUCGGCUCGAUAGCUGACGGCAAAAGCAAGCAUGGACGACAAGUCAUUCACGAAGGAGUUGGACGGAUGGAUUGAACAACUGAAUGAAUGCAAACAGCUGUCAGAGAAUCAGGUCAAAGUCCUGUGUGAGAAGGCCAAGGAGAUCCUGACAAAGGAGUCCAAUGUGCAGGAGGUGAGAUGUCCGGUGACAGUCUGUGGAGAUGUCCACGGUCAGUUUCAUGACCUCAUGGAGCUGUUUAAGAUCGGAGGGAAGUCUCCAGACACUAACUACCUCUUCAUGGGAGACUAUGUUGACAGAGGCUACUACUCUGUGGAGACAGUUUCUCUCCUGGUCUCUCUUAAGGUAAGGUUUCGUGAGCGAAUCACAAUCCUCAGAGGGAACCACGAGAGCAGACAGAUCACACAAGUGUACGGCUUCUACGACGAGUGCUUACGGAAAUAUGGAAAUGCCAACGUUUGGAAGUACUUCACAGAUCUGUUUGACUAUCUGCCCCUGACUGCGCUGGUAGACAACCAGAUUUUCUGCCUCCAUGGUGGAUUGUCUCCAUCGAUAGACACACUGGAACACAUCAGAGCGCUGGAUCGCCUGCAGGAGGUUCCUCAUGAGGGUCCAAUGUGUGACUUGUUAUGGUCAGACCCAGAUGACCGUGGUGGCUGGGGCAUCUCACCCCGUGGUGCUGGUUACACUUUCGGGCAAGACAUUUCCGAGACUUUCAACCAUGCAAACGGCCUAACUUUGGUGUCGAGAGCCCACCAGCUGGUGAUGGAGGGUUAUAAUUGGUGCCACGACCGCAAUGUGGUGACCAUCUUCAGCGCACCAAACUAUUGUUAUCGUUGUGGAAACCAGGCAGCAAUCAUGGAGCUUGAUGACACAUUGAAAUACUCUUUCCUACAGUUCGACCCUGCACCACGUAGAGGAGAGCCCCAUGUGACGCGGCGUACGCCCGACUAUUUCCUGUAAAGAUCACUGGUGAGGAUGGCACGAGGCUACACAGAAAAGAAGUAUUCAUAACCCCAUGGACCAAAAAAAAUAAAUAAAUAUGUGUGCCAUAAUCACAAAGAAAUGGAAACUAUCACAUGUAGCUAAAGACCACCAUCCGACUCAUUCAACUUUUUCCUCUCUGUGCAUGAUGUUUUUAUUGCUAGAAAUGAUUGCUACUAUGAACAAUACCGUCACAAUACCUGCUGGUUUGUCAGGAAACAUGAAUAAACUAAUGCUGAGAAUAACAACUAAAUGUA